UUAUUACAAUCUUUUUGUUGCUUUCCAAAACCCGGUUUCCGCUGAAUUUUCCGUCUUUAAGAAAACGGGCGUUUUUCUCGGGCAGCCCCUCGGGGGCCUUCCAGUGCUGCCGCUGUGACUGGCGGGAGAAGAGGCGGGGAAAGCUGAUUGGCUCCUACGCGCCACCAGGUCCCGCCCCCUCCCGGCUCCGCCUGAAGGGAGGGGCGAACACGUUCCCCUCGCACCGCGCUGCGAUUGGCUCAGGAGCGGAAGGCGGGUCCGAAACGCCCGCUCUGAUUUGUUCCCGCGAAGGGGCGGGACGCGGCGCGGCGCUGGAAGCGAAGCAUUUUCCUCGGAAAAGCGCGCGUGUCCCACGGUUCCCAGCUAUGAGCCGGCUGCGGGCAGCGGCCGCCCGGGGGCUGCGGCGGCAACAGCGGCGGGGAAGCAGCAGCGCGGCCCCGACUGGGAGGGGCAGCAGGAAGGGCGCGUCGCCCCGUGAAGAGGCCCCCGCUCGACCGCCUGCGCUGCAUCUCUUCCGUGACCCCGUCGAGAUCGAUGCCCUGCGCAGCCGCCUGCUCGCCUGGUACGACAAAAGCCGGCGGGACCUUCCCUGGAGGACGCUGGCUGCAACUGAGCCGGAUGCUGACAGGCGGGCGUAUGCAGUGUGGGUGUCCGAGAUCAUGCUCCAGCAGACACAAGUGGCCACAGUGAUUGACUACUACAACCGCUGGAUGCAGAAGUGGCCAACGCUGCAGGCGCUGGCAGCAGCAUCACUGGAGGAGGUGAAUGAGCUCUGGGCAGGACUUGGCUACUACUCACGAGGAAAGCGCCUGCAGGAGGCAGCAAGGAAGGUGGUGUCGGAGCUGGGCGGCCGCAUGCCCAGGACAGCCGAGGACCUGCAGAAGCUGCUGCCAGGAGUGGGCCGAUACACAGCAGGAGCCAUCGCUUCCAUCUCGUUUGGGCAGGCUACUGGCGUCGUGGAUGGGAAUGUGAUCCGCGUGCUGUGCCGCCUGCGGUGCAUCGGCGCUGACACCAGCAGCCUGGCUGUCACUGACUGCCUCUGGGACAUGGCCAAUGCCCUGGUGGAUAGGAGCCACCCAGGGGACUUCAACCAAGCUCUGAUGGAGCUGGGGGCAACCGUGUGCACGCCCAAAUCCCCGCUGUGCGGGGAGUGCCCAGUGAAGGAGCACUGCCACUCCUGGCAUAGGGUGGAGAAGGAGCUGGCCUCUGCCUCUCAGAAGCUGUUUGGAAAGUCCAACCCAGUGCCUGACGUUGAGGACUGUGGGGUUGGGGGCUGUCCCUUGUGCCCCCCUGCUGCCGAGCCGUGGGACAGCAGCCUGGGGGUCACCAACUUCCCCCGCAAAGCAGCGAAGAAGCAGCCACGGGCAGAGCGGACAGCCACAUGUGUGCUGGAGCGGAGGGGCCACCUUGGGGUCCCUGAGUACCUCAUCGUGCAGAGACCCAGCUCAGGGCUCUUGGCUGGGCUCUGGGAGUUCCCCAGCCUCCCACUGGCUCCAGGCCUGCAGGAAGAGCAGCAGAAGGAGGUGCUGGCUGACCACCUGCGGGCAUGGACAGGGCGGCCCGUGCAGGCACAGAGUUUGAGCUUCAUCGGAGAGGUUGUCCACAUCUUCUCUCACAUUCACCAAACAUAUGCGGUCUACUCACUGUGCCUGGAUGGGGAUGUGGUCCUGGACACUGCCUUGUCCCCAUCCCGCUGGGUGUCAGAGGAGGAAUUCCGUGCCUCGGCUGUGUCCACUGCCAUGAAGAAGGUGCUGAAGGCACGAGAGACUCAGCGUGGGGAGCAGAGUGGCCAUGCCAAGGUGGGCGGUGCAGCAGUGUGCGCAGAGCUGCCCCGUGCCGUGCUGGAGCCCCCCAGGACUUGGGGCUGCACUGGGAGCUCCCCAUCCUGGAGCAGGGAAACGUGCCUGGCCGGCUCUGUCUGUGGUUCCCUCAGUAUUAGGGACACCCCACUGUUGAUGCCCCAGAGGGGGUCCCUGAGGACCCUCGGGGUUUGGUUCAGCCCCGGCAUCUCUCCUGCAGGGCUCCAAGCGGAAGCGGGGAUCAAAGCUGGGGGCGGUGGGCAGCACCCCCACAGGGAUGCAGCUCUCCCUGCGCGCCUUCCUCCGAGCUCCGACCCCUCCGUGAUGGCACCUUUGGCAGCUGACACCAGCAGGUCAUGUGCUGUGGUGAGCCCUGCACAGGGCAGCUGCAGGUCCCCCCGUGGCCCUGUAGCGAGCGCUGUGCCUUCUUCCAGCCCCACGGCCAUCAGGACAUCACCACUUUCCCCAGUGCACCUGUGGAUGUGUGCUGUACAAGGGGCUGGUGCGGUGCUGGAUGUGACCCGGAGCUGGGCUCACUCCCCUGCCCUGGGCACGGGGUUACUUGGCCUGGCCGCGGGGUUUCUCUGGCAGCAGGAAGGAUGAGGCCACAUUCCCAUCACUCGCACACGCCACCAGCCAGCGACUGUGGUGCUGUUGUACCCUCACACCCGUAUUCCCGUAGCCCUUUUUAUGUUUCUUUUUGCUGAAUGUGAGCCAUGGGCUUUUUAAUAAAUCUCCUAAGGGUCCCUUUUUUA